GUGUAACGUUGUACUUGUGUCGUUCCUGGUUGUAUCAAUCUGUAGCUUAUUCACACCAUCAACCAUUCAUCAUAAUACUUGUUUCAUUCGAUUUACAAAUUGAUAUUUUCAAUUUGAAUGAAAAAAGGUUUUUUUUUUCAAUUUUUCCAACGAUUUACACAAUUUAGAAACAUUUAAUGCGAUACCACAAAAAAAGCACACAUCCAAUUUGAUAUGAACUUUUCUAAGGCGAGAGUAAAAAUAAGUUUAUUGGUGUCGAUUAGUUUCUUUUUUUCGUUAGUGUAAAGAAUUGUUUCCAGUUUUGUUUUUCGCUUUGAAUUGUAGUGCCUUUUGAGGAAGUAAUAGACAAUGACUUACCAAACCUUGAAUUAAAAUUGAAUCCGAAACAAAUAAGCGAAGCGUUGAAGUGAUUUCAAGUGAAUUUUGAUAAUGUGCACAUAAAUAUGAUCGAUAUUUUUCAAUUUACAUGAUAUUUGUGACCGAACAAAAGAAAAACGAAAUAAUAUUUUCGGGUGUCAUUGACUGAAAACAAACCGUUUCAUAAAGACAAAGAUCAAAAAAGAUUUUAAAUAUUUAGUUGGUUUUUCAAAGUAAUAUGAGUCUACCUAGUGGUGUUGAUAUGACGAAUCUAAUGUCGCAACAUCCAGUCUUGGGAGCUUUGCCACCGGCUUUCUUUCUACGUGCCGCAUCUGAACGCUAUCAACGCACACCAAAAUGUGCUCGAUGCCGAAAUCAUGGUGUUGUGAGUGCGUUAAAGGGUCACAAACGAUACUGUCGAUGGCGCGAUUGCGUUUGUGCUAAAUGUACACUAAUUGCUGAACGACAACGGGUUAUGGCCGCACAGGUGGCAUUGCGACGGCAACAGGCACAAGAAGAGAAUGAAGCGCGUGAAUUGGGUUUAUUGUAUUCAUCAGUGCCAGGCCAACCACAACAACAGCAACCAGCUAGAAAACAGCAAACAGAAAACAAUAUUCAACCACCGGGAAAUUAUCACACAGGCCUAUCCUCACCGCACAAUGAUCAUGAGAUGGGACAACGUGUUCACUUCAGUAGCAGUGAGUCAGAUGUCGAAUCUCAUCAUCAAAGGAUUAGAUCCGAUCGUACUGGAACUACUUAUUCACCGGAACGCAUCGAUAACGAAAGUCCGGGUACAAAACGUCAACGGAUAUCGACCGAAACGGAUCAUGAUACUGGUUCAGAAUCAUCGCCAAGCAGUCCACGUUUGAAAAAUACAUCGUUUAACAUGCCAAUAACCAGUUCACCGAAUCAAAAUGGUCGACCGAGCUCACCCGAGUCCGAUUUGGAUGUUGAUUCGGCACCCGACGAGGCAACACCGGAAAACUUGAGUUUGAAGAAAGACGAUUCAACGUCACCGCCAAAUACACCAAUCGAAAAUCCAAAUAUGAUGCGUCACAUCCAUAUGAAUGGAGGUCAAAAUGCCGGUUUCAUGCCAUAUCAUCAAGCGUCACAUCAAUUUAUGGGCGCAAUGACUACACAACGAUCACCGAUCGAUGUUUUAUUAAGAGUGUUUCCGAAUCGACGACGAAGUGAAGUUGAAACUUUAUUGCAAAAGUAUCGAGGCGAUGUAGUUCAAGCAAUGGAAGCAAUGUUAACCGGUGGUGAUGAUACAAUGCCAAUUACAGUACCGGCACCAUCACCAACAUUUUCCAUGAAAUCAGCCUUUUCACCUCUUGUUCCGCCCGGCGUAUUUAAUCCAGCGGCGGCCAAUCGAUAUGCACUGUUUCAACAGCAACACCAACAACAACACACAAAACGACAUUUAAAUUUGUUAUCGAUAGGUUUUUUGGCUGCACCAUACUCAGGUACUGGCUACUUAUCGACAAUUAUCCAAUCGGAAAAUGAUCAAAUGGAGGCCAAUGGUAAUGGUGAACGAUGCGGCAGUGCAGGCGAAUCACAAGAAUGAUACGAAAAAUUAUAGUGAUACAUACGUUAAACGUUUUAAUUGAUUGCACUGCACUGGAUUUGUUUGUACAACACCUCAACCAAUCGUACAACACCUCAACAAGGCACACACACAUGUGACAGAAAAAAUGAAUACUACAAUAUUUGAAAGAAAAUAAGUAUUGUAAUUUAAUUUGUUGUAAGUGAAGCAGAUAGCUGAAUUCAUUUCGUAAGCUGUACACCCAAAAACACAGUCUCAAAUUAAAUGAGCCAAAUCAAAUGCAAUGCUUAAUGUCCACAUCGAUGAUAUGUAUCAUUGGAAGAUGAAUAACAACAAAACACGUCAAAAUGAACAGUGGUUUUUCUUUUGAAAGAGUGAGCAAAAAAUUGAAUAACAUAAAAGUUAAGCGUCAAUGAUGUACAAUUUAUACACACAACAAACAUAUAUAUAUAUAUACCAAAUAUGUUAAGCAGUAUACUCAAUCUCUUUCUUGCUCUUCUCACAAUGUCGAAACGUAUAUAAUAAUAAACAAAUUAUAAGAAAGUUAUAUCGAUAUAAAAUUUUGAAAAUUAAUCUAAAAACACUAUUAUACUUUUUAAUGCCUCUCAUAUAAAAUGAAUAAAUUAGAGAGCUUUAUCAUUAAUGAUGUGAGGAUUAAUGUGAACGCAUUUAAAGUGAAUUUAAAAGAGAAAAAAAUUAUGUAAUUAUUUAAUUGUCUGUUCAACAUUCAUUUAUUCAGUGUAGCAAUGUACCAUACACAACUAUUCAGAUAAGUUUCAGUUCAGGCGACAAGCUCACGCAAAAAUGAAUUCACAAAGUUCAUACAAUAGAAAUACGAAUAAAUUUUUGUUUUGUUUUCUUUGUUCUGUCUGCAAAAGGAUAAACAACAAGAAAUGCAAACACAUAAACAUACUAAAAUAUACAAACCUAUAUUAUAUGAUAUGAAAUAUUUUAGUUGUAGCAAAUAAAAUAAAUGCAUACUUCAACGCUAAUGACAUCCAUAUGUA